AUGUAGGUACAGUACAGGUACGUAGCUUCAAUGGCACUCCUUUUUGUUUUAGGGAGUUUCUCUCAUUAAAAAGCUCCAUUUAUAAUAGUUUCUGAUCACACCGUGAAGUGAAAUAAUAAAUCAGCUGAAACCACUCUCAGAACUGGAGAAAAGGAGCUGAUAUCGGACAUCAUAAUUAUUAUUGCCCUGAAAUUAAGAUAGGACUGUCACGAUGCAAGAACCACCGGAGCCCAUGAUAGUCACACACACAGAUAGGACUGUCACGAUGCAAGAACCACCGGAGCCCAUGAUAGUCAGUCUGGCCGGCCUUUACAAACCUGCCGACAAGCAUGCUGUAGUUGCCGAUCGUAUCAGUGAUCACAUCUUCGAGUGUCAAGCUCUACUGGACGACAUUAAAUACGGUGAAACCAUUCGACCGUGUGAAGACAUCAUCUGUUGUUACUUUCGCUGGUUCUAUCCUCGCCACUACAACCAGUGCAACUUUGCCUGCUUUCAGAAUGGCAAACAAGAGAGUGACUGUGUGUCCUGUAACAAACUGAGAGCAUGGAUUAGUCUGCAUUCUACCUCCUGUAAAGUCAAGUGCCCCAUACUGCCCUGCCAAAACCAGUACAAGAGGGACCAGCUGAAAAAGAGACUGACUGAUCCUCACAUAGGAAGCUACCACUUCCAACCACCAACACCUUCUAAACGCAAUGCGAACACCUUACCCAACCUCCGUCCAUCAUCAUCUGGAAUGCCACAUCCCUCAAACUAUGGCGUCGAGAACAACCCAUAUAGCAGGGAUUCAUUUGACUGGACGCAGGGACGCCCUGAUCGCCAUGACUCUAUUGCUUCAACCAUUUCCAUUGGCUCUACCUGUGCUCCGUACCGAAGUAAUAUUUCCGAUCAGCAGUUGGCAGUUGAAUACGAGGCACCCGUAAAACCACCGCUAUUACAAUUCCAGGCAAACACAAGUCUUAACAGACAGUCUAUCGACAGCAUGGCACAGAGCUUCAGUGCCAUGAAGCAGCAGCCUGGCUUGAAUCAUCGAUCUGACACCAUAGCCGAGUUUUCAAGUUCUGAAGACGAUGUUGAGGAUAUACCGAAUGAGCUAAUCAGUCGAACACAGCCUGAAGCUACUCUGCCAAUCACAAGUUUACCACAGGGCGACUCAAAGAACUCUGAAACACCACCUGUUGGUUUGUACUAUCAUCCAAUACAGAGGCAGCACACUCAAACCGAUUUGAAAAAAGCUGUCUUUCCCGGCCCAAACGGUCGGCAAUCAAUCAGUUUCACAGUUUCACGGUCACCUGAUAUGAUUCCUGAGUCACAUGACAGUCAUGCGACGGAGCAGUCGCCCCAAUCACCACGUCAAAGUAGUUUCCUCUCUGCAAAACGAAAACGAGAACUCACUCAACAACAGCGUGUUAUAAGCGACUCUCCAGAAAUUAAUCGUCGACCCCAAACAUCGAAUGUAGAAAAUCGAGUUAUGUCGCCAGAUGACGGACAUUUCUCCAGUCUAAAUUCAGAAGAUCAGGAGUUUACAAUUUUAGAGAACAAAACUCGGCGUCGCCCCGGGAAACGAUCUCAGGCUAGUUCCAACAGGGAGGUGUGGUCUCCAUCCUCCGAUAGUUCCCCAAGUUCCCUCGAGGAAACACCACAAAAAGGACGCCGGUCGCGCGUUGUGCAGAGAAUGGAUACAGACCCAGGCGACGAGCAUACCAAGAUAUUGACCGGUUCUGGCAGCAUCACAGCCGCUCAUGCUAAACUUAUCCAAGAAUUCAACACGGGUAGAGACAUGGUCAAGUUGCGAACCAAGAAGUUGAGUGACCCUGAGAGUGGUGACCGCACUAGUGGAGUGUCCUCAGCCUCUGUGUCUACCAGCAGUGUAGGGUCAGCACGGUCGAGUGGAACUGGCAUUUUCUCUGAACUGGACGAACACUUGAGCUCUCUAGAGGGACCUGUGCACCACGAUAUACUUGAGGGCCCUCUUUCCAGUAACUACAACCAUGAGAACGAUGAUUCUGCCUCCACCGUAGUAGGCGACCAAUCACUGAGCUCCGGCACCACCCACCCAAUGGAUAGCUACCAGCGACAGUUGUCUAAUAACUCGUCAGCAAGCUACAACUACCACAGUGACCAGUCUAACAGUGGACCUCAAUCUCUAGCAGUGUCGGGGUACGAUCACCAGCCAAGAUACGUAUCACCAGGUUAUAGCCAUGAAGCACACCAUCCACAAGGGUCACACUCAUACAACCUCCAUCCCUCACACCUUCCACAUGGGUCACACUCUUCAUACAACCUCCACUCUUCACACCCUCCACAAGGGUCACAGUGGAAUUACGAUAGUCACCAAGCAGCUACUGCUUACAGUCCCGAUGCAUACCAACGUACCUCACACCAAAACUCUCUGUACGAAACAGCUAUUCAUUCACCGAGAUCGAAUAUUGUUUCGUCCGCCUACCCUCACACCAUCCCCUAUCAUGAGGACAGCACUGCUGAAGAUGUACCUGAAGUGAACCUGUACGCCAUUGCUGCCCAGCGUGUACCUGAAGUGUGUCCAUACGCCAUUGCUGCAUACUCGUCUUCUGAUGAGAAUGACAGUGACAGCGAAUCAGAGACCAAAUCUCUCCCAUCGCCUCCCUCCUUCCACCCCUCCCUCCUAAUUGAAGAGAGUGUCCGUGGUGUUGAUGAGGCUCUUGCUAAGUACGACCGUGAUAUCCACAUCAUGAACCACCGUCCCCAGAGGGGAGGGAAAGUCCCCACCCACAAGCAAUCUGGGAUGAGCGAGGAAGAGAAGUACCAAAUGCAGGUACCUUGUAGUCACCCGGUGACCCACCCAGUUGACAAGGACAGCGAUUAUUUCCCCAUCCCCUCAAACUUCCUCAGACCAGAUCCUGAGAUGAUUGCCAAGCAACACGAGAUGUAUCAAGAGAUGCUGAGUCAGCGAUUGCCCGAUACCCCCCAGGAAGAUGAGAUCAUUCAACGAAGCAUCAUGGCUCGUAGGGACCAACUGAAACAGUACCUCCUGGGCCAGUUCUACUCUGAUGAGGUGUACAGGGAACAUACUGACUGGGAGAGGAAGACAAAGUUAGGUCACGGAGCACAAGCCUCCUGCUUCAGUGUCUGUGACAAUAAGACACAGUGCAUCCUCGUGCUCAAAGAGGAGACAGAGAAUAGACGUACAUUGGAUGAAGCGUAUCUCUCGCUCAAGUUUGCCUCUCAGUCAAACCCCUCCCCCAACAUCGUCGAGUACUACACUGCCGCACUGUUGCCUGGUGACCUGGUAUUCCCUAAACGAGCCUCACCAUUUGUACAGAUAUUCAUGGAGCAAAUGCCUGUGUGUAUGCAAGGCUGGCUGUUCAAGACUGGCCCCAUUCCCCUCAUCAACGUUCACCACUAUGCUUGUCAGUUGUUUGAUGCUCUAGACUUCCUACACAACAAGCAGGGGAUCAUUCAUUGUGACAUUAAACCUGCCAACAUUCUGGUGGACGAGACUGCUCAGAGGAUCAAGCUGACUGACUUUGGAUCAGCGGAGAUCAUAGGAGAGAAGAGGAUCAACUAUUCCAAGACCUUCUCUGCCGAUCCUAAUGCAGGAACACUCAGCUACAACCCUCCAGAGUUCUAUCGAGAGCAGCAGUGCAGUUUUGCAUUUGAUGUAUGGCAGGCUGGUUGCUGUGUACUGGCCAUGUGCACUGGGCGACGACCAUGGAGACACCUAUUCAUGGACGUGUAUCCAGGGAAACAAUCGGACCAGCUGACAAUAGCCAUGAAGAGGAACCACAAGCUCAUGAUCCAACAGCAAAGGGGUGGUCACCUUCAUCCUGCCUUCUUGGAUCCCACCCUCAAGAGGUUACUCCACGGCUGUCUCCAUGACAACCCGUCCUCCCGUCUCACGGCCAAAGAGUGCUCGUAUCUGCUCAACACAGAGACUGCCUCCACUGAAGAGGACAGAAGGAAAAUACUGGAGGCCAUUGGAUAUACUCCGAACACUCCUGCGGUGCUUCAGUCCUUCUCCCCCGACCAGUAUCGUGUAGACGUCUACCUCGGCAGUGACAAGUUGACCAGCAUCUCUCUUGGCCACACCCAGAAAGGGGGACCUGUCCACCUGGCCUUGUACGGAGGCUGGCUCGGGAGUCUGGCCGUCCCUCAGGGGAUGACAUACAGGGAGGCGGAGGAAGAGAUUCACAGGAGGUUCCCAGUUGCCCGGCAACUCAGCCCAUUCAUCCUGGCCUCGUAUGACAACGCUCCCCACACGAUCUGGUCGGCCUGCUCCGGUGGAGACCAAGUCCCUCCUUAUAGACACACCAGACCAGACUCACUAGUAGACCUCAAUACUGCAAUUGUACUCUCACCCUCAACUAUGGUGUAGCUAUAGAACUCUCUCUCUCUCUCAGCACAAUGUUUAUUUUUGUCAAGUUAUGUUUAUUGUCACAAUCAUUUUAAUUUUGAUCUGUUCGUAAUCAUUGAAAAUGGAUGGUAAUAAUGAUACUUGAAUUAAGUGUGA